AUGCGCCUGCCGGGCAUGUCCCAGCCCUUCCUGCUGGCUCCCAUCGCCGAGUGCUCCCCGGGGCCGCCCGGCGCCGAGCUGCGGCUGGCAGUGCUGGGGGCCCGCGGCGUCGGCAAGAGCGCGCUGAUCGUGCGGUUCCUGACCAAGCGCUUCAUCGGGGACUACGAGCCCAACACGGGCAGCCUGUACUCUCGCCUGGUGCGGCUGGACGGGGAGCAGGUGGCCGUGCACAUCCAGGACACGCCGGGCUGCCUCCAGGUACAGGAGGACUGUGUGCAGGCACCGGACGCGCUGUUGAGGUGCAUGAAGUGGGCAGAGGGCUUUCUUGUGGUCUACUCCAUCACGGACCCCGGCAGCUACCAGGCGGUCCGUCCCCUCCACCAGCACAUCCGUCAGCUCCACCCCGACGCCCGAAUCCCCAUCGUCGUGGUGGGGAACAAAGCGGACCUCCUCCACGCCAGGCAGGUGCAGGCCAAAGAGGGGCUGCAGUUGGCCAACGAACUGGGCAGCCUCUUCCUUGAGAUCUCCACCAGCGAGAGCUUGCAGGGCGUCUGCGAGGUGUUCCAGUACCUGUGCCGGGAGGUCAGCAAGCUGCAGCACGCCGAGCGCCGCCGCCCGACCGUCAUCCCGCGGCCGCGCUCCCCCAACAUGCAGGACCUGAAGAGACGCUUCAAGCAGGCGCUGUCGCCCAGAGUCAAAUAGAGCUGCUGCCGGGGUCUAG